GUACUAACCGUGCCCAACGUUGCUUGACUUCAGUGAUCGGACGAGUACUGGUUUUUUCAACGAGAAAACGCUGACACUAAAAUAACUUAUCUCUUUCGCUCGAUCAGCGCCGAACACGAGGUUGCAGAGCAUCUCUAGGUAUACAAGUUCUAUGAUUUGUGCAAAUUUGAGUAAACCUUUAAACUCAGGUAAACGAUAUUUUAAUGUAAAUACUCCUUUUCUUGACGCAGUAUCCAAUAUGGCGCGAUAGUGUGGAUACGCGACACGCGACGCUUGCGUUCCAUCUGCGAUCGGACUACAAUGAUUAAAAUAGUUUGUAUGUAUUAUUAUCGGUUUUGAUAUUUCGGCAGAUGCGUAGGUUAUCCGGUGAUCUCGGAUGAACACUGGUGUUUUUUGUAGCUAAAAGAAAUUUGUCGUUUGAGUAUCGAUCGCUUCCUAAUGGUUAGCACGAGUGAAACCACAUCGCUUCUAACCUCUUUAAAUGAGUUCUAUUGAUAUUUUUAUAUACGUUUAUAUAAAAGCGAUAGAAUAUUUAUAUUUAACAAUUCUAUGAAUGUGCUCAGUGAAUGAUAUUGGAUGACAAAAAAGAGAUAUAUUAAAUCUAAUUUUAUAUCGAGAGAGUAUUGUUUAACAUAAUCUUGUUUUUAAAUACCGCAUUGACUCUAACCUAAUUAAACGUAUCCUUACAUUUUGAAAUGACUAUUGUCCUCUUCAUAAAAGUGUAAACGCGAUAAAUGAGUGCUCCUGAAGAAUCAUUGAAUGAUCAGGAUCCUGAUUAUGUUUCCGCAAUUUCCGACGAGCAAGUUCAACAGAAAAUUUACGAGGAAAAUGCAAGAAACACUACUGCAAGAAAAAUAACUGCGAUAGUGGAGAAGGAAUUUGCACGGGAAAUUGAUUCAAAGGAGAAGGAAAUUUUGCAAAUACAAGAAAGAUUGCAUAAAGCUCUGAAGAGUUUUCAUCUCUUGCGUUAUGUCAUAAUUACUAAUUUUUACAAUCGCAAACAGUGUCAAAUUCCUCAAGUUGUAGAAACCACGAAACAAACGAGAAUUCAUCCUGCAGUCAAAUCAUUACUCGGAAAAAGUCCUAAGUCUGUUCAUUGUACCGAUCUUGCAGUGCCAUCGACAUCUACAGAUCCUCGAUUCUCGUGCAAUGAUGAAUCUCUUGAAUCAUACGCACGAACUACAGCGGAUAGCGCACUUAAAACCGAAGAAAACGCGGAUAAACAUGAUGCUGCAUUGCAAGGUGAAAAAAGGAAACUGCCAGACGAAGAAUCUCGACCUCGCAAAGUGCCUCGUUACAUACCACCAAAGAGCAGCAUGCCAGCGAAGACGGGUCCAUCGCGCGGCAAUAGCCACAAAGUCCGUAAACGUAUUAUUAUCGGUAACAUAUCCAAGUGGAUCCCACCGGAUUGGCGAGAAGAUGCAUCUAGUCAUAAAUGGACGAUAUACGUGCGCAGUGAUAAAGAUGAAAGUGCCAACAUCAGUACUUUCGUCAGUAAGGUGAGGUUUUUCCUGCACCCUAGUUAUCGUCCAAAUGAUGUUGUUGAGAUCACAUCAUAUCCGUUUCACCUGUCCAGACGUGGAUGGGGCGAGUUUCCUGUAAGAGUACAGUUACACUUCAAAAAUGCCCUUGAUAAACCCAUAGACAUUAUUCACCAUCUGAAAUUGGAUCGCACCUACACAGGAUUACAAACACUGGGCUCGGAGACUCUGGUCGACAUAUGGAUUCAUACGGCAGAGACACGUAAUUUUGAGCAGAAUAAUAGCAAUGAAUCUGUUGAAUCUUCCUCUAAUAAUGCAUCUAUAAAAAUAGAACCUAACAAUGACAGUUUCGAAUUUAUUUAUAAACAAUCUACAGCGAAAUCUAUGGAAACUUUACAGAUGAGCACUUUCAAAGAAAUUCGAGUGAAGGAAGAAAUAAUUAAUUUGGAAGUACACGAACAGUCUAAUCUAUCAUUGGAUUCAAUCAAGAAAUUGAAAAAUGUCGGAGUGAAAGUUGAAUCUAACGAUGCAACCAUUAAUAUAUUCAACAACGAGAAUAAACCGAAUCUAGAUGAAAUAUGUUAUUACAUUAAACAUGAUCAUAAUUAUGUGGACGGACAGUAUUUUAAUUCUAAUCAUUAUACCGAAAAAGAAGGAAAUAUAACUAUAGAACACUUUCUGGAAAGUGACUGCGUUCCCGCAAUCAAUUCAUCAGUAAUUGACGAUAAGAAAGAGAAACUUGACAAUGUACAAAUUAUAUCGCAUAAAUUUAACGAUGAUAUUCAGUCUUCCAAUAAUUGCUUGUCUCUCUCAAAUGCAGCGAAAAAUGAUUCACAAGUGAACACAUUUCAAGGGAGAAAUAGUCAAAAGAAUUUAUCAUCGCUCGAUGCAAAUAAAUUUUUACAUGCGAGAAACUCGAAAAACAGCGAUACCUGUAAAACUUCAGAAAAUAUCAUGACUAAAGACACACCAAUUAUGGGUAACGGCUUUUGCAAAUCGCCCGAUCGGUUUAACAGCUUGCAGAAAACCAUGAGUUUCUCGAAUAUUACUAAUUCGCAUUUAAAACCUCUACAAAUCUCCAUACCAUCACCGAAUAUAUUUGCGUCGUCGACCAAUAAGCGUAUGCUUCUUUUGAAGGACACGAAAUCGAUUCCGGUGGACGUGACAAAUAUUCUUGCAUCGAAAUCAACUGAAAACUCGAGAAAGCUCAUUGAUGGCGACGUAAAACUUUCUAUCUCAAGAGACGGUAAUAUUGCGAAAUUGAACGUUCGCAUUCCUCAAACCGUGAGCAUCCUGAAGAAGCCACCCAACGCUAAGAUGAACGCGCGACACGAGGGCACUGUUAGCGACAAUAAGAAGCCUGCUGUACUUAUGUUGAAAAACACCAACAAUCUUCUGCUGAAUAUUAACGAGAAUGUACCGAUCCUGAAGAUAGCAGACUCGCACGAUCCGCGAUAUAAUUACAGUCUUGCCGAGGCAUCGAAAGGCAUUUCUUCGACCGACAAGCAGGAAAUCAUGCCAUACGUAAGAUCGGAGGACAAGACAGUGACGCAGCGAGUAAAAAUCACGUUGGGCAAGGACAAAUACAAGAUACAAAGCAAGAGAGAGUUGUAUGAGGCGACUCUGCGCUCGAUCGACACUGCGAAUAUCGUCGACACGGAAGAGCUGAUACGAUUUAUCAUACGUCGAUUGCCGAUCGUCACGCGGGAUGCCCGUGAUCCCGAAUACAAAUGGAUGCAUCCCUACGCGUGUUGCAGCGAGAAGGAAUACUUCGCUCACAACGUUGGCAAACAACGUGCCCUGGAGUGGUAUCGUGCCAAGACAAUCAGGUGCUUCCUGCGAACGAAAAUGGUCCCGUCUGAUCGACUAUGGAGCAUCAAGGAAAUCAUGCUGUGGGCGAGAUUGCACGGAUACACGCCAAGUCGGAACGCUUCCGGCAUAUCGGAAGCGGUUACGAUGAGCGAUACGAAAAAGCUACCUGACACUACAAUACCCACCGCAGUCCCAGCCACAUAUACGGAAUCAAUUGCGUUGCAAAAGUGGCUGCAAACAUGCCAGGAAGAAUCUAGUCAGUUGAGGCAUGCUUGUAUCGAAGACGAAGAGAUCGAUGUCGAGAGUGUCGACGAGAGCUCGUGUAAAAUUACGAUUGAUCGGAGAAAAAACGAUAAUAAUCGAAAUAGCGAUUCUUCAACCGGUUCUAAGUUGAUACCGCUUGAACUUGAUGAAAGUUUGUUGCCAUUCCACAAUUUCGUCUGCGAUACCGCGCGAGAUAUCGGUAUCAAGAUCGGACCAGAAGAGAUUAUUCCUGGUGUUUUAUAUAGUGCAGCUAGUCGCGUAAUGAUGCGGGUUGUCGAAUGUUUCGUGGAGGAUCUAACUCGAACAUCGUUGGCAAAAGCUUGGGAAAGAAAUAGCGGAAAUGAAUGUCCCAAGGUUAUUAAGCUGAACGAUGUCCAUAAUGCUCUUACAAGUCGAGAGGAAUUCGACAUUUUCACGAACGAAGGUCUGGGUUCGAUGCAACAAUCGAAUACAAAGGAAUCGUCUAGCUUGUGACGAUAUAAACGUUAGCGAGCAAGCAAUCGUCUAGUUAUAGACCGGGCUAUAGAAUACAACGAAUCGAUGAGUGCAGCAUUUUGUCGAAUACAGAAUACAUUUGCAGAGGGAAGAUAGAUUAGAUGCACGCGAACUUACACGAAUGCGUGACAAAACAAUUAGAGAUAUUUAGCUCGUCUCAAUCCCAACCAACUGGAAUCUUAUGAUGUUCUAUCUCGCGUUGCAGCCAUUCGCGGACCGGCUCGUAAUAGGCUAAGAGCGGCUCCACACGAUACUUGGAAUAUCCCGUUAUCGCGCGUAACGCGUGUCUCCAGUCCACGCUACUUCCAAGUUUCAUCGUCGACCUGGAAGUAAAGUAAGCUAAGACCGCUUUUUUACAUACAUUCAUUUUUUAUCACGUUCUCCACUGGAAUAAAAUUAGAAAAAUUUUUUUUUACUACUUUUUUUGAAAAGAAGCAGAAUUAAAGUUAUCAUUUUGUGUAAAAAUUGAUGUAAGAAUUUACCGACCUCAAGAA